CUGGAAAUUUCUGUGGCCAGUGAACUCCCUCUUCCUCUCCCACUCACCCUCUUUUCCUUUUCACCACUGCGGGGAUGACUUCUAAUUUGCAGUUUUCCUGACGUACCCAUGGUAGAUACAAGCCGGUGGCUUGCGGACUGCGUCUGUCUGGAGAUAGGCAGCGAGCUGAUGGAUAACAACACUCCAGGAGAAUGAUUAUGCAGCAGUUGUUUAAGGAUAGGCUUUUGUGCUAUGGCAGCAUAUGAGCCGAUUCUCCAACAUCUUGUCUUUGACGUGAUCCACUAAUCGGAAUCUGCUUGGUCACAGAGCGGAAGGAACAGAGAGUUUUCCUUGUUUAACAACCACACAGAGCGCCCUAUCAUCUGCUUGAACAGGACAAGAGGUGAAGGAGAAUAGAAAUGGCAGAGGAUAGGAAAGAUGAAGCCAAGGCACCACACUGGACUUCGGGUCAGCUAACAGAGGCUGCUUCACACCCACACUCACCUGAAAUUAAGGAACAAGGCGCCGCGGGUGCCGGACUGGUCAGAAGUGCCAAUGGGUUUCCCUACCAAGAGGGCGAGGAGCCUGGGCUGGGCAGCCGGGAGCAGCCGGGGACGUAUGCUCGCAGCAAAGAGAAUGGAAUCAAUGGAGAGCUGUCGGCAGGGGACAGAGAGACAGCAGAAGAAGUGUCUGCAAGGAUAGUACAAGUAGUAACAGCUGAAGCUGUAGCAGUCCUGAAAGGUGAACAGGAAAAAGAAGCUCAGCACAAAGAUCAGCCUGGACCACUACCUAUAGCAGUCGAAGAGUCAGCCAACCUGCCUCCUUCCCCACCUCCAUCGCCAGCUUCUGAGCAGACUGGAGCUCUGGAGGAAGAAGAACCAGUAGAGAGUCCGAUGGCUGUGGAAGUAAAACCUGCUGCUCUUCCUGGAACGCAACUGGGGAAAGAGCAUGGGCCCACUGAGCCUUCAGAGCAGGCCAAGGGCCUCGGUGAGGGUCAGCUGGAUUUUGGUUUGAAGGCCACGGUGUGUCAUGAAGACAAAAUACCAAGUGUGGCAUCCAGCAGGGAGAGCCUAACAGUUGUGGGGGAAAUGCCUCCGAAAGACACAUCCCCUUCCUUGGCUGCGGAAGAUUUAAUUGCAGCCACGAAGAUGGAAUUCCGUGUCCAGGAGGGCACAUGCCCUUUCACAACAGAUCCAUUAGACACAAAGCGACAGGAAUCUGGAAAAGACAGUAAGACUGAGCAACCUAAAUAUGAUGCCUUAGUUCCACAGCCAACAAAAACAGAGGCUACAGAUAAAAAGGAUUCACAGAGCAAAGACAAAGAAAAAAUGCCUUCACCUCUAUCAGAACAGAUCUUGGAAACUGAUUCACAGAAGAAAUUGGAAGCCAGUUUUGGAGAACCUCCUGCUAAGCUUCCUAUUUCUCAAGUACAAAAGGACUUGCUGUCUGAAUCGCCUAAAGGUAGCGAAACAGAAGAAAGGACUGCAGAUAAGCCCUCAUCAUCCAACCAAGUUAUAUCUAUGACAUUUAAAGAUGACCUUAAAGAUGUCCAAGAUUUUGCCAUCAGCCGUGAAGGAAGUUCUCUGUUGGCAUCAGAACCCAAGACAGAAGCAGCCAAAAGCGAACUGCCUUCAGGCCUAUCUCUUGCUACACCCCAGGGUCUUCCCCUCAAAGACAGUGCCAAAACAAAACUGGAACCCGCCGACCAACUCUUUGCCAAAGAAUUUGCUAAAGAUGAACAGACCCACAGGGGCAUGACCCUGACUCUGCAAGAAGUCUCAGCAGUAACUGUAGAUGGCCUGAAAACACCAAGCAUGCAGAAAAUCCCUGCAUGGGGGCAGGAAAAGGAUGUGACCAAGGAUGAGGCUGAUGAGGAAGAGAGGUAUGACUUCUAUGAUAAAGGGGAGGCUCGAAUAUUAGACGAUGGUAAAUUUACCACAAAACCUGAAGUUAAGACACUUUCCCAAGACAAAGCAGACUUCUCAAAGGAUGCUGAAACUAAAAUGUCUGAUCUUUUCAAGGCAGAAAAAGAAAUGGACCAAAGUGGGCUCCAAGCAACAGCAGCUACGAAAAAGGACGUGCAGCCAAGCACAGAGGUAUCCCCUGGCAAAUCAAGCCAUGUACCAAUCCCUGAGAAAACUACUGAGCACCUUGAUACUCCACAGUUAUCCCAAAUAAUAGAGAAGAGCCCUGGGGCACUGAGCUCAACCACUGAUAAGACUACUACUCGAGAACCUUCUCAAGAGAAAGACGUUAAAAAAGAAACCAAGGAGGAUAAGGAAAGUGUUUCAGCUACUCAUGAAAUGAAAGCAGAAGUGGAUCGAUCAGGAAUGUCCAAGUAUUUUGAAACCUCUGCACUGAAAGAGGAAGCCUUCAAAACAGGCACUCUAAAACAAGGCAGUGAUUACUAUGAGCUAAGUGACACUAAUGAGAGUGCAUAUGAGACUUACCAGGCAGAUCGUUUAAUACCUGAAGACAAAGAGGAAGAGGAAGAGGAGGAGGAAUUACAGAUGGAUCAGCGGCAGGGCAUGCCUGCUCAUGAAGUAGGGUACAGUACCCUGGCUCAGAGCUAUACGCCAGACAAAUCUGAAGAACCCAGUUCCCCAACAGAAAGAAUGUUCACUAUUGACCCCAAAGUCUAUGGGGAUAAGCGGGAGCUCCACAGCAAAAAUAAAGACGACCUAACUCUGAGCAGGAGCCUGGGACUUGGGGGCAGAUCUGCAAUUGAGCAGAGAAGUAUGUCUAUUAACCUGCCCAUGUCCUGCCUGGAUUCUAUAGCUCUGGGAUUUAGCUUUGGCCGUGCACAUGAUCUUUCUCCCCUUGCAUCAGAUAUUCUAACUAACACUAGUGGGAGUAUGGAUGAAGGUGAUGACUACUUGCCAGCAACCACACCAGCAAUGGAGAGGGCCCCUUGCUUCCCCAUUGAUAGCAGAGAAGAAGAUGAGCACAUUGAAGAAGAAAAACCUAUGGCAGAAGAAAAAGUCCAGCCUGAGACUUUGGUGGAAUCGCCUUUCCCAGCCAAAGACUAUUACAAAAAUGGUGCUGUCUUGGCUCCUGACCUGCCUGAAAUGUUAGACUUAGCAGGGACGAGAUCUAGAGUAGCAUCUGUGAGUGCAGAUGCUGAGGUGGCACAAAAGAAGUCAGUUCCUUCUGAUGCUGUUGUGGAAGACAGCAGCACAGCCCUGGCAUCUGUGACAGAUGAAAACCACAUAACUCUAAAAGCUGAAAGUCAGCUAGAAGACUUGGGCUACUGUGUUUUCAAUAAGUACACAGUCCCGCUCCCUUCUCCGGUACAGGACAGUGAGAAUUUAACAAGUGAAACUUGUCCCUUUUACGAAGGCACAGAUGAAAAAUUGAGACGCAGCCUAGCUCCUGACCUGUCUUUAAUAGAAGUGAAGCUGGCAGCAGCUGAAAAAUCCAAGGAAGAAUUCCUCGGUGAAAAAGACUUAGCGCAGCAUGCAACUGGUGAGUCUUUUCUAGCGAGGGACUUCGAGCAGGAGAAAAAGGAGAAGCUCGAUACUGUGUUGGAAAAAAGUGAAGAUCAAGUUGACUCUAAAGAGGUCUAUCCCGGUAAAGAUUCAGAGAAGACCAGACCUGAGGCAAUCUUAGAAAUGAAAGAGGAAGGUGUGUCUGAUAAAGCUCAUGUACCCGAUGAUACCACUUAUGACAGAAUAUUAGCUACAGAGGUAACAGCAGAAAGGGAUGCUGUUUCUUUCUUGAUGGAGAAGGAGAAGACUCUUAGUGUCGUUCCUGAAAUAGCUGAGGUAGAAGCUCCAAUAAAACCAGACUACAAUGCCAUAAAGCAUGAUAUGGAAGUGGCUGCAAUGAGAGCUGACCAAGAAUAUCAGAGUCAGUUAGAUAGUAGGAUCAGUGAGGCUGUUUCUCUCCCUUCAGGGAAGGACAAAGCCCCCAUUAAAAAAACAGAGCCUGAACCCAAAGAAACUCAACAGAAAGAUCAGAUCAUCUUGUCCAGAGAAGCAAAGGAUGCAGAUUUACUUUCCAAGACUGAGUCUAGUUAUGUGAAGGACAGCACCAAACUGUCUGAAACAGAAAUUAAGGAAAAAGUAACUAAGCCUGAUCUGGUACAUCAAGAGGCAGUUGAUAAAGAAGAAUCUUAUGAAUCCAGUGGAGAACAUGAUCAAAUCCAAGAAAGUUUGAACGGAGAACCCUUGAAACAGGAGGAUAUCAAAGGAGAAGCUCCAAAGCCGUCUGUGUCAGAGGAAGAGGUGUCUACACAGUUGCCAGCAAAAGAGCCUUCCAUGGAGCUCCUCCUUCCAAAAGCUGAGCCUCCCCAAGAAGAGCCUGCUGAGAUUCAGAUGGAGAGCAUCCCACAGCCUCCAGAGGAAACAGAGAAGAUUCCUGAUACAGUUGUGAAACCUACAGAAGUCCAAACCCUACUGCCAUUGGAAGUGACAGCUGAGGCCACAAAAAGAGAAGAACACGAGGAAGAAAAGGAAGAAGGUGGACAAGAAGAGAAGGAAGAGGAUAAACAUCUUAUAUCAGAAAUGCCCCAAGAAAUGGACUUCAGGAAACCUACUGACGAAGAAUUGCUAGCCAAGGUUUGCCCAGAAGCACUGCCUGAACUGAAAGGCAUUAUUGAAUCAGUUGUGACAGUAGAGGAUGACUUUAUCACAGUGGUGCAGACAACAGUUGAUGAGGGCGAAUCUGCUUCUCACAGUGUACGUUUCGCUGCUACCCAGCAGGAAGACAUCGAAGCAGUGGACUCCCAGGCUGAAGAGGAGCUAGAGAUUGAAGAAGUGGUUGACAUUCAAGCUGAGCCAAGGGAGGGCUCCCCAGAAGCUCCUGCUUCACCUGAGAGAGAGGAAAUGUUGCUCACUGACUACAAAACAGAGACGUGUGAUGAUUACAAAGAUGAAACAACAGUUGAUGACUCCAUCAUGGACACAGACAGUCUCUGGGCAGAUACUCAAGAUGAUGAUAGGAGCAUCAUGACUGAACAGUUAGAGACUGUUCCUAAAGAGGAGAAGGCAGAGAGAGAAUUGCGAAGAUCAUCUCUCGAUAAGCAUAAAAAAGAGAAACCUUUUAAAACUGGGAGAGGCAGGAUUUCUACUCCUGAAAGGAAAAUAGCUAAAAAGGAACCUAGCACACUCUCCAGAGAUGAAGUGAGAAGGAAAAAAGCAGUGUAUAAGAAAGCUGAACUUGCUAAAAAAACUGAAGUUCAGGCCCACUCUCCCUCCAGGAAAAUCAUUUUAAAACCUGCUAUCAAAUAUACUAGACCAACUCAUCUCUCCUGUGUUAAACGGAAGCAGACAGCAGCAGUUGGUGAAACAAACCAGGCUCCUGGUGUAUUUAAACAAGCAAAGGAAAAACUCUCAGAUGGAGUAAGCAAGAGUCCUGAAAAGCGUUCCUCUUUACCAAGACCUUCCUCCAUCCUUCCUCCUCGAAGAGCUGUAUCAGGAGAUCGAGACAGAGAGGAGAACUCUCUCUCCCUCACAACAUCCCUCUCUUCUUCAGUACGACGGACCACCCGAUCAGAACCAAUUCGUAGCAGAACAGGAAAAAGUGGAACUUCUACUCCCACUACUCCUGGCUCCACUGCCAUUACUCCAGGGACUCCACCAAGCUAUUCUUCCCGUACACCAGGCACUCCAGGGACGCCCAGCUACUCCAGAACCCCACAUACUCCUGGAACCCCCAAAUCUGCCAUACUGGUACCUACUGAGAAAAAAGUUGCCAUAAUUCGCACUCCUCCUAAAUCUCCAGCAACUCCGAAGCAGCUGCGAGUUAUUAACCAGCCUCUGCCUGACCUCAAGAAUGUCAGGUCCAAAAUUGGAUCAACAGAUAACAUCAAAUACCAGCCUAAAGGGGGACAGGUUAGGAUUUUAAACAAGAAGAUCGAUUUUAGCGAUAUUCAGUCCCGGUGUGGUUCCAGAGAUAACAUCAAACAUUCUGCAGGGGGAGGAAAUGUACAGAUUGUAACAAAGAAGAUUGACUUGAGCCACGUGACUUCCAAGUGUGGUUCACUCAAGAACAUCCACCACAAGCCAGGAGGAGGACGCGUGAAAAUUGAGAGUGUGAAACUGGAUUUCAAAGAGAAAGCUCAGGCUAAAGUUGGUUCACUUGAAAAUGCCCACCAUGUACCUGGCGGUGGAAACGUCAAGAUUGACAGCCAGAAACUCAACUUCAGAGAGCACGCUAAAGCCCGUGUCGAUCACGGGGCUGAGAUCAUCACGCAGUCACCAGGCAGGUCCAGCGUGGCUUCACCACGCAGACUCAGCAACGUUUCAUCCUCUGGAAGCAUCAACCUGCUUGAAUCACCGCAGCUUGCUACCCUCGCUGAAGAUGUCACGGCAGCCCUCGCCAAACAGGGCUUAUGAAUUUGCUCAUUUUGCGUUGUAUGAAGUAAUAAUAUUUAGGCAUGAGCUCUUGGCAGGAAUGGGCUCAGAGCAGGUGUUACAUUCAUUUUUACCAUGUCUAAAACAAAGUCACAUCCCAAGACUUGUAGUUACCAUACAGUUAAAAAUCAAACAAACAGAUAAAUAUUAAUAGAUGCAGAAAUUGGCCUGAUCUCCAUUUACAACAGGAAGACACUGGCUUUAUAUGGGUAUACAACUGCAGUAUGUUACAUUGGACAAUUAUUGUUGCUCUGCUCUGUCUUGCAUGGAGUACCGUACUACAAUAAAAUGCAUUUUUACCUUUCAUGUGCCUGAAGGCCAUCCAUCUCCUUCUGAAGAGCCUUGUUAAAAUCCCAAGUUGCUCAUUUCACUGUUCUGUUGAUAGAUGGGGAAAAAAAAAAGAAAAGCUGCCCAUUGUAAGUUAUUACAGGUUAGAUUUAGAGUCUGCUUACCAGAAGGAAGGGCAUAUAGAGAAAUUCAAGUUUAAUUAAUUAAAAAAGAAAAAAAAAGUGAUAUUUUGUAUAAAUAAGUAGAACUAAAGUUGAAUUAAGUUAUUAACAUUUUUUUGGACCUGGAUAAUUAUGUCGGUGUAUAGCUGAGAAGCCAAUAAAUUAUUUAACUAAUAACUAAAACUAUUAGUUGAAAACAUUGAAUCAAGCUUGGGGAAGUGACGUAAAAAAGCUGUUGAAAGCAAGCACUUCCACCCCAAUGGACUUGUGUCUGAGUAGGAAGUUGAUUAAGCGGCUAGAUUUGUGUAGUCACCAUCAGUUUCGCAUCCUUUCCAUCUGUUUGAUACAGUAUUAUAGAUAUAUAUUUCUCUGUGGCCAUUUGUGAGACGCCCUCUUCAUAUACUUGAAUAUUCUACUUUAUUCACAGUAUCUGUGUCUCUUGCACCCUUUGGUGUUGCAAUUUUAGGUAUGUAAAAGUAGAUGUUAGCAGGGUUUUUUUUCCCUAUUCAUAAAAAUACAUUUUAAAAAAAAAAAAAGAUGAAAACGUUUAGCAUGAAGUUGCUUUCUGUAACAACUAAAAGCCGUGACCCUGUUUUAGUGCCAGAUGCAAGUCUCUUCUGUGAUGCUAGAAAAAGGAUUCCUUCCCUCCUUCCUCCCUUUCUUCACAAAGAUCUGAUUUCUGUGGGGGUCCAGAAGUUUGUAAAACGGUCUCCAAAGAUGGCUGGGUUUGGAUUCUGGAUUUUUUUAAAAUCCAAAAUAGUUUGUGUUUGCCUUUUUUUUUUUUUUUUUUUUAAACUCCUGUAGCAACAGCAAAUGUUAGACUUAUUUAUUUUCUUUUUCUUUUGCUAAAGUUGAAACAGAAAAAAAGUAUUAAGGUAUCAUUUCCACUCUCCUUCAGUGAUAUCUUACAUAUGCACUCAGGCACUGAGAUAACAGUGACAAACGUAACAAGGGGUGCCUGUAAAUUAUAGUACACGAGUAGAUCAAUUGAGCUCCCUAAACUGGGUUGCCGUAGCGAUUAAUCAAUAAAUAAGGCAUCUUAAAAUCUGAGCAAAGUGGGAUUAUAUUGACUAAUAAAAAGUAUAAGAAAAAGUGUGCAUAAAAAGGGCAGAGAUACAUAUACAUCCAAUCUAAUGGAGUUACCUGUGAGCUCCAACACUGUCUUAUGGACACUAAGAGAACACUGAAGGUAAUAUGGGAGUAUUACUCAUCAGCGGAUAAUAAUCUGCUGAUACUAUAUGUACAGUAGACAUUAUGAAAUGACCAGUUUACAUUCUUGCAGAUUGUUUGAUCUUUUCCUUUUGAAAUCUCUUAACUAAACUUUGCACUGUCAGUUGAGCUAUACUUGAUACAUGUAUUAGGUUAACAUUGUGUGCUGGAAGCUUUUUAUCUGUUCUUUUUGCUCCUUAAUUUGUGCGUAUGCGUGUGUGUGUUGGGUUUUGAACCAAAAAGACUCUAGAGAACAUUCUUAUGUCUGUGAAGAAGGAUUCUAAUAGUUAAUAGCACAGGAUUCCAUGAUUCAGGUUGCAAAUGCACGGUUACUUGGCAGUAAAUUUUCAGUGGACCAAAUGAGGAUUUUGGUUAAGCUGUCACAUAGUAUAAAGACAAAACAAAAUUAAGAAGACUCUCUAUAUAAUUUUACUGGAAACGUUAGCCCAACACACAACAUUUCAGCACUGCAAAAAGCUUUAUCACACUACCAAAUUCCUAAUACUGUUGGUAAGUCAGUUGUUUUAUACAAAGGACAGUGAGCUUGGAACCACGCUAAAUGGGUUCUGAUUUCUGCCUUGUACUUGUUAUACUCUUGCAUAAUCAUAUGAAAUCACAUGGAAACGAUGUCAAGAGAGAUGCAUUAAAAGCCUCUUCCCAUUUUUUCCAGGAAAGCAAAGGACAGAAAGAAGAAAACAAAAAACUACUGAAACAGUAUCUACAUCACAUUGCUCUGAUCACACUAUCAAUGUAAAUGAGCCUUGCAGUGUGGUUUUUUUUAUGCCUUUUGCAAAUGUGGGAGAGUCUAUGGUACUACCAAACCUCAGCUUCUCUGAAGCUGAACACCAGCUAGUGAGAGCAGUGUUACUUGAGGUGUUUUCUUUUUAAUUCUGCUUUUGAAAUUGACGUACUCUAGGUAAUGAUGUUUAGUUAAUCCACCUAUGAGUACAAAGUUAGAGUGGUGUAAUGCACCAAGACACUUAUUUCAUGCAUUAAAAUGAGCUUUCUUGUCUUGAUUCAAGCAAAGACCUUUGUAAUUGUAAUCAUCCCUCCAUAGAAAAAAAAAAAACCUAGAAUGCUUGGACUUAGAUGAAGGUAAAAGAAAUUAAGAGUUUGUGCUGUUAAAAAAUAAAAGAAGUUGUUACAUGACUCUAGAUGUUCACUGAAAAAGUUCAUAUUAAUCUUAAUUUAUCAAUAAGAGGGUUGGUUUUGAAAGGAAGAAACUGUUUUGUAAAUACAUUAUGCCCAGUUAGACAAGACAGAACCAGCUUCCUGGAAACUGCAUCCGUUGUUUCUUUUCCACAGGCAUGUUCAGCCAGCAGGUACACUGUGUGUGUGAGACCUGACAUUGUAACAAAGCAGAGAUAACCCAGAGAAAUAAAACAGCAAAACCUGUUGGGAUGGCUAGGAGAGAGCCCCAAGUAAAUCUGUAAAGCUGUAGAGACAAAAGUAAGGGGCUUCUGCCCCAUCCGCAGACUCCUGUUUCAGUGUAACCACAAGCAGAAAGAAAUCCAAGGUGAGCAAACCUCUGGUCCAGCACCAAUAAGGGAAAAACUAACACCGAUGAGGAUAAUUUUGUGCCCGUUAGGGCCGUGUAUAUUUUCACUGUACGGCAGUAAAUGGUAUCAUCCAUUCAGUGCUAUGCUAAUGUACAGUAGUAACCUCAUCGUGACUGCUUACAAAUAGACGCUUGCCUAUCUACACGACCCAAGGGGAGUCUGAAGGCAGCCUGUGUGGGCUUCCACACGUGAGCAGCAGUUUUUUGCCACGCUGGGCCAAACACCGUUCCAAACCCAAGCACUCAUGUCCCUUCAAUGGCAGAUGCCUUGAAGAGUUGAUCACGUUCGCUCUCAGAACCGAAGCAGGUAGUCUAGCCUAGGUGUGUAGAGUCCAUUGCUAAAGCAAUUCCCGCUGCAACUCCAGCAAUUCCCACUGCAGGAAAGUAAAUUAGUUUCACACUUGGAAACAAAAUCAAGCAUAUAAAAGCCACUUCAACUUUAGCAAAGAGAAAAAAAAACAACCAACGAAUGAACAUGCUGUAUGCUGGGAUUUCAAGGAAUGCAGUCUGCUGUUACAAACCUGUGUUUGUUUUUUUUUCUGAUAAUUCUAGAGCCUGUUACCAUAAAAAGAGGCAUUUCUUGAAUGGCUGGUGGUAGGUAGUUCAUGUUUUCCAAUCCGAUUUGCAAUUGUAUUUGUUGCUGUAUAGUGAUUGUUUUGCAAAAUAAAAUCGCUUGUCAUCACUG